CUCUCACUAGAUCGCCUCAACUUAGGCUUCAAGCCCAAACAAUCCAGGAUUGAACAGGAUUUUUCCUCAUCAUGUCUAUGUCCGAGUGCUGCAAGACUGGCUUUAGCUGGGGCGGCAAGCCAGUCGGUACCGAAACUACUCUUGCCAAGAACAAUGUCUCCGUGAACGGCACUCCCAAGUCCGUUGCCGUUCUCAUCGUUCACGACAUCUUUGGGUGGACGUUUGAGAACUUGCGACUGCUCGCCGGCCACUUCGCAAAGGAAGUGUAUGCUACCGUGUACAGGGCUUCCAACGGGCCGUACUACGCCCUGACCGUGUACCUACCUGACUUCUUUGAUGACGAAGUCGUCGGCACCGAUGUGUUCAACAACUCCGAGAAGCGCGCAGAAUUUGAUCUCAUGGGCUUUACUAAUCGUCACGGCAAGGACGUCCGUUUCCCAGAGAUCAAGGCCAGCGCCAAAGCUCUAAAGUCGCGUUUGCUGGAAAACAACGAGAUUGGUGGACUCAAGGUCCCCGUUCAAAUCCUGUCCCCUGAGACGGACCCUGCUUACAUUUCAGAGCUCAAGGAGUACCCCAAGAAAGUCAUUCCUACGCUGGGAAUUCUAUAUGAGUACGUGUACUUCCCUGGUUUUGCGCAUGGGUUUGCAACGAGAGGUGCCCAGAAUGAUACGAAGCAGAAGAAUGGACUGGAAAGGGCGAAGAAGAGUGCCGUGAACUUCUUCAAUGAGUUUAUGCACUGA